CUGGACACAUAUUUGAGAUAUUCAAGAGAAAUAACAGAAAGCCAAUAUGUUGAACCUGGGACGUUUCAAGGUGCCCCCUAUCAAGAAUAUGCUGGAUGUGGCAAUGCAAACCGUCAGGCAGCAGGUGCCUGAUAAACCAGGGCCACCACCGCGCCCCCCACAAAAUGUUAGAUUCGCGAACUUAGAAAACAUGGGCGAAAGCUGCGAACUGUCAACCAUGAAUGAGACUACAUCUCCGAGUUACCAGUCCACCAAUCCGACGAAUCCGUUCCUCAGUGGACAGUUACAGGCCGAAGACUCGUUUACCAGCUACCAGAACACCUAUCCGCAACAAGAUGGUGCACCAAGGACGCAAAGUAUGCAAAGUGUGGACUUUUACGCCUCGUCUGAAGAAGGCGGCUUUGAAGAAGGUGGUGGACCACCGGGUGCUAAGAUCAACGAGUACCAGGCCGCAUGGAACGUCACUAAUGCUAUCCAGGGCAUGUUUGUAGUGUCUCUACCAUUUGCUGUACUCCAAGGAGGCUACUGGGCGAUUGCUGCUAUGAUUGGAAUUGCCCACAUUUGUUGCUACACUGGCAAAAUCCUCGUAGAAUGCCUGUACGAAGACGAUCCCGUCUCGGGCCAGCGCGUCAGAGUCCGCGAUUCAUACGUCAGCAUUGCCAAAGAGUGCUUCGGAAGGAAGUAUGGUGCCAGGAUUGUAAAUGUAGCCCAAAUCAUAGAACUCGUUAUGACCUGCAUCCUUUACGUAGUUGUCUGUGGUGAUCUUAUGAUCGGCACGUUCCCUGACGGCUCAAUUGACGCUCGCUCAUGGAUGAUGCUCACAGGAAUAUUCCUUUUACCUCUGGCGUUCUUAAAGUCGCUGCAGAGCGUCAGCAUGCUAUCUUUCUGGUGCACUAUGAGUCAUUUGAUUAUUAACGCUAUUGUUCUUGGAUACUGCCUCCUUUACAUAGGGGAUUGGGGCUGGUCUAAAGUGAAAUGGAGCCUAGAUUUUGAAAACUUUCCCAUUAGUUUAGGCGUCAUCGUUUUUUCCUAUACGUCUCAGAUCUUUCUCCCAACCCUAGAAGGAAAUAUGGAAGAUCGUUCAAGGUUUGAGUGGAUGUUGAAUUGGUCUCACAUCGCAGCUGCUGCCUUUAAGUCUAUCUUUGGAUACAUGUGCUUCCUGACCUUUCAGAAUGACACCCAGCAAGUUAUAACAAACAACCUUCGUUCUGCUGGAUUCAAGGGACUAGUGAACUUCUUUCUUGUUGUCAAGGCGGUUCUGAGUUAUCCACUACCAUAUUAUGCUGCGUGUGAUUUGCUUGAACGUGCUCUCUUCAGGGGCAAACCAAAAACUCUUUUCCCAGUAAUUUAUGCUUUAGACGGAGAACUUAAAGUUUGGGGUCUAGCUUGGAGACUUGGCGUGAUAAUGUUUACAGUGCUGAUGGCAGUUUUCAUUCCGCAUUUCGCUAUUUUGAUGGGCUUCAUCGGCAGUUUUACUGGCACUAUGUUGAGCUUUAUUUGGCCAGCGUAUUUCCAUUUGAAGCUGAAAGGUAAUCAGCUUGAAAGCACUACCAUCGCCUAUGACUAUUUUAUAAUAGGCCUCGGUGUUCUUUUCGGUGUGAUAGGAAUGUAUGAUUCCGGUUCAGCCCUCAUAAAGGCUUUUAAGAUAGGAUUGCCGUUCUAAAUCAAUGUAAGUAGUAUUAGUAAAAUUGUUGAUCUAUUUUUAGAAUUAUGAGUACCCACUUCAUACGAUUGUAUUUCGUCGCAACACUAUGAGGCUUCAAAUGUUUUGAGAGUAAUAUCUAGUCUGAAUGACGAAGUAUUUUAUAUCCUAGAUUUGUUUAGGUUUUAAGGAAUACUGAAAUCGUCGGUGUUUUGUAGAAAGGGCAAAAGCGCCAGUUCGUAAUUAUUUUCGGGGAGCAUGUUUGGUCGUGGUUUUAAAGACUAUUUUAAAAUAUUUACGUCCUGUUUUAAAAUUCAAUUUUGAUUUUAAUUAAAUAAGCUUAAAUUUUAUAUUGAAUUUGAAACUGAACGUAACUAUUUUAUAACAUCGCGAAAACCUAAAACAUAUCUGGAAAAAAUUUUCAAAAUGGCGUUUUCGCCGUUUCUAUAAAUCACCUACGCAAUCCAAUUGUGUUAUAUUUUAAAUUGUUAUAAAUGACAAUAUAUAGUGAAACGUGU